CACUGGGGAGAAAAGGAAGCCCCUUUGUGACAUAGGCAAAGGGGAGGGCGAAGGGGGGAUUUGAACCCGUGAACUGAGUGCAACUAUGGCUUAGCUGAGCCACUGGGAUUCCGUCCUGUCUGAACAAGCCAGCGCUAGCGCCUAGCCCCCCAACAAGUUUCACUUGGGCCUAGCUUGGUAUCCCAGACUGUGACGCUCCGAAGGAACCCAUGGCUGUCCAUUGUCCCCACUUAAUUUUGUCCUCCACCUUGGGGAGCUGGGAGUGAAGCUGGGAGUCGGAAGAUCUGGGUUCUAUUCCUUGCUGAGCUGCCGUGUGACCUUGGUGACCCAGAAGGGGCCCAGCUGAAAACCGAGUGCCUGCCGUCGCCCUGCAGCCAUGGAGGGUGGCAUGCAGCUCCUCAACCGGGACGGCCACAGCAUCUCCCACAAUUCCAAGCGCCACUACCACGACGCCUUCGUGUGCAUGAACCGCAUGCGGCAGCGGGGCCUGCUGUGUGACAUCGUGCUGCACGUGGGCACCAAGGAGAUCAAGGCCCACAAGGUGGUGCUGGCCUCCUGCAGCCCCUACUUCCACGCCAUGUUCACAAAUGAGAUGAGCGAAAGCCGCCAGACCCAUGUGACGCUGCACGACAUAGACCCGCAGGCCCUGGAUCAGCUGGUGCAAUAUGCCUACACUGCGGAGAUCGUGGUGGGUGAAGGGAAUGUGCAGACGCUGCUUCCAGCCGCCAGCCUCCUCCAGCUCAACGGCGUGCGGGACGCCUGCUGCAAGUUCCUGCUGAGUCAGCUGGACCCGUCCAACUGCCUGGGCAUCCGGGGCUUCGCCGACACGCACUCCUGCAGCGACCUGCUCAAAUCCGCCCACAAGUACGUCCUCCAGCACUUCGUGGAGGUGUCCAAGACGGAGGAGUUCAUGCUGCUGCCGCUCAAGCAGGUGCUGGACCUCAUCUCUAGCGACAGCCUCAACGUGCCAUCCGAGGAAGAGGUGUACCGGGCCGUGCUGAGCUGGGUCAAACACGACGUGGACAGCAGGAGGCAGCACGUCCCCAGGCUCAUGAAGUGCGUCCGGCUGCCCCUGCUGAGCCGGGACUUCCUGAUGAGCAACGUGGACACGGAGCUCCUGGUCCGGCACCACUCGGAGUGCAAGGACCUGCUGAUCGAGGCCCUCAAGUACCACCUCAUGCCGGAGCAGAGAGGGGUCCUCGGCAACAGCAGGACCCGGCCCCGGCGGUGCGAGGGGGCCAGCACCGUGCUCUUCGCCGUGGGCGGGGGGAGCCUAUUCGCCAUUCACGGAGACUGCGAAGCCUAUGACACGCGGACGGAUCGGUGGCACAUGGUGGCCUCCAUGUCGACCCGGAGGGCCAGGGUGGGCGUGGCUGCCAUCGGAAACAAGCUGUACGCGGUGGGCGGUUACGACGGGACCUCCGACCUGGCCACAGUGGAGUCGUACGACCCGGUUACCAACUCCUGGCAGCCGGAGGUGUCCAUGGGCACCAGGCGCAGCUGUCUGGGGGUGGCAGCGCUUCACGGGCUCCUCUACGCAGCAGGGGGAUAUGACGGGGCCUCCUGUCUGAACAGCGCCGAGCGGUACGACCCCCUGACGGGCACCUGGACCUCGAUCGCCGCCAUGAGCACCAGGAGGCGAUACGUCCGGGUGGCAACACUAGAUGGCAAUCUCUACGCUGUGGGGGGAUAUGACAGCUCAUCCCACUUAGCCACGGUGGAGAAGUACGAGCCGCAGAUCAACACAUGGACCCCGAUCGCCAACAUGCUGAGCCGCCGGAGCAGCGCCGGUGUGGCCGUGCUGGAAGGGAUGCUCUAUGUGGCCGGCGGCAACGACGGCACCAGCUGCCUUAACUCCGUGGAGCGCUACAACCCGAAAACCAACACCUGGGAGAGCGUGGCCCCCAUGAACAUUCGGAGGAGCACCCACGACCUGGUGGCCAUGGACGGGUGGCUGUACGCGGUGGGCGGGAACGACGGGAGCUCCAGCCUCAACUCCAUCGAGAAGUACAACCCCCGCACCAACAAGUGGGUGGCGGCCUCGUGCAUGUUCACGCGGCGGAGCAGCGUGGGGGUGGCGGUGCUGGAACUGCUCAACUUCCCGCCCCCCUCCUCGCCCACCCUCUCCGUGUCCUCGACGAGCCUUUGACAAAGAAUCCAGUCGUACCUUACCUCCAGGGGGCACCAGCGUAUGGAGGAGCGCAAGGCCACCCUGGCCUGACCCCUGUAGCAGCCAGUCUCUGUAGACCGGAGUGGGGGGGUCCCGGCUGCUGCCUCCAGCCCCGGCCCACUGCAAUUCCGCGGGCCCCUCGGGGGCUCUGCCUCUCUUGGUGCACACUUCAGAUCAGCGUGCUGAGAGUCAGAAUGGCACUUUCCAUUCAAGAGUCCCCUCUGCCGGCGUGUACGGCGGGGGGAGCUCUUGGCUCCAUCCACAAACCUGCCCAUGACUCAACUGACUUUUGGGGCCGGCCAGGCCCAGCCGAAACCAUUGCUGCUUUUAAGAUUUACCAUGCCCCAACAUGUGCUGCACGCUGGACAGCCACGCGAGGAAGGAUCCAGGCGGAUGGGAGCGCCGGGGGUGGGUGACUCACGUGUAUGGUGCUUCUCCAGGAAACCGCUGAAUGUACCACCACUCCUCGGAAUGCUACCUUAGCCAAACUCUCUGUACUGAGCCUCCAGCGCACUGUUAAUGCCGCCGAGACUGGCGCACGGGUGUCUGAUCGAUGCCUUAAAAACCGCAGCCGGGGGAUGCGGCGGGAAGAAGGCCACAAAACUGUGUGGAGCAUCCCAAGCCCUCCGGCAUCUCCAUCCUCUGCUGACCCCGUCCCGCUCGCUGUCAAUCCCAAUUUGCCAUCACUACGGAGGUUCCCCACCGGCCAGAUGGAUUUAACGAGCUCACCGGCUCGGGGGCAGUCGCCGUCCCACUGUUACAAAUUACUGCGCUGCCGCCCGCUGCACACGUGUCUGUGUCAUUGUGUUAACCCGGCGGCUGGGAACAAUCCAGCCUACACAUUGCUUCCCUGUCCACAAAGAAGGAUCUAGGCUUGGGCCAGGCCCUUGGUUCCCUAUAACAGUACGACCCGGCAGGUGGCACAGGCCGCAGGGUCGCACUGUGUUAUUUAUUUAAUGUGUCUGCCAUUUGUAUUUAUGAUGCUAAUCUUUUAAUUUUAAUUCUUAUUAACUUUA